AUGGGUGAAAUAGAAGCUGUACAAUUCAUAUUAUUCGAGCAUGCUGCUGGUUAUUGUUUGUUUCGUGUGAAAGAAUUCGAAGACACGCCUUUGAUCGUUCCGCAGGUGGAAGAAAGUUUCAAUAAUGUGCAGCGUUUUUGCUCGCUAGUGAAACUUAUUGCAUUCAGUGAAUUCAAGAAUACAGAUUCAGCACUUGAAAAUUGUAAUGCUGUUGCAGAAGGUAUUAUUCAUGACGAUUUGCUUAAUUUUUUGGAAGAAAAUUUACCAAAAAAGAAGAAAAGUGUCGUAACAUUGGGUAUCCAUGAUCAAAAAUUAGCUGCUGCAAUAAGUGAAAAAAUUCAUGGAGUGAAAUGCCAAUUUACGGGCGUGGUUCCUGAAAUAAUUCGUGGAAUCAGAUAUCAUUUCUUUACCUUAAUCAAAGAUUUGCCGCAUCAUUCAUUGCAAAAAGCCCAAUUGUCUCUGGGCCACAGUUACUCUCGAACAAAAGUAAAGUUUGAUAUUCACCGUGUUGAUAAUAUGGUAAUUCAGUCAAUAGCUUUAUUAGAUCAGCUUGAUAAGGAUAUAAACCUUUUUGUAAUGCGCAUUCGAGAAUGGUAUGCAUAUCAUUUUCCGGAAUUAAGCAAAAUAGUUCCAGAACAAAAUAUCUAUGUAAAAUGCGCAGUUGCUAUUAUGGAUCGAAAAAGCAUUAAUGAAAAGACUCUGGAAAAUUUGGGAGAAAUAUUGGGUGAAAAUAGCGAAUCCAAAGUGGCAGAAAUAGUUGAAGCAGCGCGAACAUCAAUAGGAAUGGAUAUAUCGGAGAUAGAUUUACUUAACAUUGAUCGAUUUUCCAAUCGUAUUGCUGCACUGACAGAUUUCAGACAAAAUCUGAACGAAUAUAUCAAAGAACGAAUGGCAUCGUGUGCCCCAUCUUUAUCAGCUCUUGUUGGAGAACAGAUUGGUGCCCGACUUAUAUCGCAUGCUGGUAGUCUUACCAAUUUGGCCAAAUUUCCCGCGUCUACUGUGCAAAUUAUGGGAGCUGAAAAAGCAUUAUUUCGUGCCCUGAAAACAAGAUCAAAUACUCCAAAGUUCGGUUUACUUUUCCGCUCUUCUUAUAUUACUCGAGCAUCAAAGAAAAGUAAAGGCCGCAUAUCUCGUUUUUUGGCUAACAAAUGUUCGGUUGCAUCGCGAAUUGAUUGCUUUUCUGAAAUUCCAGUUCCAACAUUCGGCGAACAUCUUAGACAGCAGGUUGAAGAUCGUCUUAAAUAUUUUGAGACUGGUGAGAUUCCCAAGAAAAACGCUGAUGUAAUGAAGGAAGCCAUAAGCGAAGCAGUUAUUGUUCAAACAAAAAAAAAACGUGCACGAGAAAAUGGUUCGAUGCUUAUUGACGAUGAAUAUGUAAAAGAGAAAGUUAAAAAGAAGAAAAAGAGGAGUGACUUUUCCGAUUAA